AUGCAUCUGCUCUAUCAGCGGUCAUCAAAAGCCGCAGUAACGGUCACUCGCUCUCUGGCCCUCCCGCCAAAACCCCCAUCCCCCUCCUCCUUCGUCCUCUUCCUCUCAUCGCAACCCCAUAACCAGAACCACGAAAUCGGCUCAAUCGGCUCCCCUUCCAGGAUCCAAAAUCUCAUCGCUUCACAAUCAGACCCUCUCCUCGCCAAAGAGAUCUUCGACUUGGCCGCCCGCCAACCCCAUUUUCGCCACUCCUACUCUUCCUUCUUCACUCUGAUCCUCAAGCUCGGCCGCUCCAAGUACUUCUCUCUCGUCGACGACCUCCUCAUCCGCCUCAAGACCUCGAACUACUCUGUCUCCCCGGCUCUCUUUUCCCACUUGAUCAAGAUUUACGGCGAAGCCAAUUUGCCACAGAAAGCCCUCCGAACCUUUUACACCAUGGUGGAAUUUGACUGCAGCCCUUCCGUCAAACACCUGAAUCACAUUCUUCAAAUCCUCGUUUCUCACCGGAACUUUCUCCGCCCGGCGUUCGACGUCUUCAAGGACGCUCACCGUCAUGGGGUGAUGCCCAAUACUCAGUCUUACAACAUUUUGAUGCGUGCUUUUUGUUUGAAUGGGGAUCUUAGCAUUGCCUACCAGCUGUUCAACAAAAUGUUUGAGAGAGACCUUGUUCCAGAUGUACAGUCGUAUCGGAUUCUGAUGCAGGGGUUGUGUAGGAAGGGUCAGGUGAAUACGGCGGUUGAUUUUUUGGAGGACAUGUUGAACAAAGGGUUCGUUCCGGAUUCGUUGAGUUACACUAGUUUGUUGAAUAGUUUGUGUAGGAAGAAGAAGCUUCGCGAGGCGUAUAAGCUGCUUUGUAGGAUGAAGGUUAAGGGGUGCAAUCCUGAUAUUGUGCAUUAUAAUACUGUUAUUUUAGGAUUUUGUAGAGAAGGGCGUCCAGUUGAUGCCCGUAAGGUUCUUGAGGAUAUGGCAUCAAAUGGGUGCUUGCCAAAUUUGGUGUCCUAUCGGACUUUGGUUAGCGGGUUAUGUGAUCAUGGGAUGCUUGAUGAGGCAAAGAGUUAUAUGGAGACAAUGAUAUCAAAGGGGUUUUCUCCACAUUUUUCGGUUGUUCAUGCUUUAGUUAAAGGAUUCUGUAAUGUGGGUAGGGUUGAGGAAGCAUUUGCAGUUUUGGAGGAGGUGCUAAAGCACGGGGAGGUUCCUCAUACAGAUACUUGGCUUACAAUAGUUCCUGGGAUAUGCGAAGAGAUUGAGCUAGAGAGAUUGGAGGAAAUUCUGAGAGAGGUAAUGAAGGUGGAAAUUAGGCCAAACACCAGAAUAGUGGAGGCAGCUAUUGGUUUGGAGGAUUACUUGAUAAAAAAGAUACGGGCUAAACCGAGGAGAGCUUAUUAG